UAGAGCCCCAGACCCCAGUUUCCCCGAGGUAGCCCUUGGAUCUAGCGACACCCUCUUGACAUGAGUGCCGCUGCGGUGUUUCGAGGCCUCCGGCCCAGCCCUGAGCUGCUUCUUCUGGGUCUGCUGUUGCUGCCAGCUGUGGUUGCUGUCACCAGGGCUAGUCCUGAAGAAAGCGACGGAGAUCUUAGCUGUGUGUGUGUGAAGACCAGUUCUUCCAGGAUCCAUCUCAAACGCAUCACCAGCCUGGAGGUGCUCAAAGCAGGACCCCACUGUGCGGUUCCCCAGCUCAUAGCCACGCUGAAGAAUGGGAGCAAAAUUUGCCUGGACCGUCAAGAACCUCUGUAUAAGAAAAUAAUCAAGAAACUCCUGGAGAGUUAGGUACGAGCUGCCUAAAUGUGCAACCUGUUACAUGGGAUUCCUGGAGUCUUGUCUACUUUUAAUGUAACUGCAGUCUUCUGAUGUUUUAUUAGCCUCGAGAUUUAAAUAAAUGCAUUGAACCAA